GUUUGUGUUAUUUGUACUAUUACUAUUACUGUUACUAUUACUAUGUGUACUCCGUAAAUGAUCUCAUACUAUACUGUAUAUAAUGUAUACUAUACUAUACUGUAUACUAUACUAUAUACUGUAUACUAUACUGUAUACUCUACUGUUCUGUACACUGUUCUGUACACUGUUCUGUAUACUGUUACUAUUACAACAUCUCUACUAUACUCCAUUCUGCAAUCCAACGUUGUGACUUCCUCGAGGCGAUGGUAUAUCUCACUCAAUCUAACAGAUGCAAAAAAUAUCCUGUACAUUCCACUGGAAAACAGCAUAGACAACUGACUUGCACAUAAGUACUUAUACUAGCACUGCAAAGUAUUCGUAUUCACUAUACUAUCAUUGACUACAGCACUGACUAUACUAGCACUGACUAUACUAGUACUACUAUACCUCUG